GGCCGCGGCUGAGUGGAGAAAUGUUCGUAGGCCUGUACUGUCAGAACACUCUGUGCUUAAUAGCUUAAGAAUUUUGACUGGUUAGAUAUUGCAAAGGGUCACACUCUGAUGAGUCACCAUCAUGUCCUCUAUUGAGAAGCUGAGCAUCCGAGGCAUCAGGAGUUUUGGCCAGGAAGACUCAGAUCGGCAGAUCAUUGACUUUUUUCAUCCACUCACGCUUAUCACUGGCCAGAAUGGGGCGGGAAAAACAACUGUCAUUGAGUGCCUCAAAUAUGUCUGUACGGGUGACACCCCGGGAAGUAAAGGAAACGCCUUCAUCCAUGACCCUAAGGUUGCCCAUGAGACAGAGGUUAAAGCCCAGGUCAAGCUGCAGUUUAAAGAUGUGACGGGAAAAAAAGUAGUCGUCACCCGGAAUAUGAUAGCCAUUCAAAAGUUGAAGAAGAUAGAGUUCAAGUCUCUGGAGGGAGUCAUCGCCAGGACCAACGAAUUGGGAGAGAAAGUCAGCCUCAGCUCCAAGUGUGCAGAAAUUGAUCGUGAGAUGGUUGCCUCGUUAGGAGUCUCCAAGCCUGUCUUGAACAACGUCAUCUUCUGUCAUCAGGAGGAAGCUGCAUGGCCUCUGAGUGAGGGCAAAACACUGAAGGGCAAGUUUGAUGAGAUCUUUGCAGCAACACGGUACAUCAAAGCAUUGGACGUCAUCAAGAAAUUACGCACAGAGCAGAGUGCUAACAUUCGGGAGUACAACACUGAAGUGAAGUACCUGAGAGAGCGGAAAGACAAAGCAAAAGAGCUCGCAAGUGAUUUAGAAAGCAAGAAAGAUAAACUGAAUGCAGCUAAAGAAUCAGUCAACCAAAUCAUGAGGGAGCUGCAGCCCAUCAUGGGAAGAAUACGUGAGAUCGAAGACAGGGAGGAAGAAAUUAAUCUUCUGAGCACAGAAGUCGCAAAGUGUAAAGUUGAAAAGACUCAAAUGGAGAAGAACAAGCGAGAACUGGAGGACAACUUGGAAUUUAUCUUCCAAGGAACUAAUGAAGAGCUGCGCAAUAUCUUUCAGGAACACCGGGCAAAAAUCGAUGAGAAAGAUAAGACUUUAACCCAGACGGAGAAGAGACUAGCUAGUCUGGAGAAGACUCUACAGAAGGAAAGUGAUAAGAAGUCCAAACUGCUGAUGAACCAAGGCAAAUUGGAGCAGGAACAAGUGCAACAUCUUGACAUGAUAAAGACAAGGAACACUGGCAUAAAGAAGAUUGCUGCUGAUAUGAACUUUGCAGGUUUUACUGCUAGCUCGUUUUCUGAUGAGAAGGUGAAGGAGUUCCUACAGAUGAUGGACAAUGUCAUGAAGGAUAUGCAGGAUGAAGCUAAGGAAUCUCUGGCCGAGUACAAGAGCAGAGAGGAAGUCCUCGAGACUCAGAUACAAGAGUUCCGAGACACCAAGACCAAGCUACAGCACACCGUGCAGAUGAAGAGUGACAUGACGGCCAAGAACAAAGAUGAGCUGAAACGAAUCAAUCAGCAGCUGAGUCGAGUGGAAGCAAAUGCCCACCGUCUAAGGGAACUUGAGGAGGACCUAAAGAGAGCCGAGAGUGAGUUGAAAGAGGCUGAGGGUGCCAUGGAUCUAGACAAGCUGCGACAGGAGGUACAUAAGCUGCAGGCCGAGAAGCAACAGCAUGAUGCUCAGAUGAGCAAACUCAGCAAGGAGAUGUCGGCCAUAUCUCUGCAGUCUAAGGCCAGAGCUCAGCUGGAGAUGCUGCAGAAGGAAAAGAAUGCCAAGGAAGAGCAAAUCAGAAAAAUUCGCAGUCGUCAUGAAGAGGAUGUCAACCAUCUCCUCGGUCACUUCCCAACAGAGAGCAUCAGGAACAAACUGGCUGACUAUCUCAUGUCCAAGGAGACUGAUGUUCGAAACUCCCAGACUGCAUUGCAGCGAAUCAGAGGCCAGCUAACAACUAAAGAGGCCAACAGAAAGAUGAUCAUGGAUCAGCUUAAGAAGAAGGAGGAGGAGUUACGAGGUUACGAGGGCCGGAUGCUGCAGGAGUGCGGCAGCCAGGAUGUUGCCAACUCACUCAAGGAAUUACAGCAGGCUAUUAAUAACCUGCAAAGCGAGAAAGGUGCACUGACUGGCAGUUCCCACCUGUUUGAACGCUACAUUCGCUCUCUACAGAGAGCAGAGGCCCAGUGCCCGUUGUGCCACAGGGGCUUUGAUGGACAGAGCGAAGUGGAUGAACUCGUACAGGAGCUUCAAGACAAACUUCGUAUGGCUCCUGGUAAAAUGGCAGAGAAAGACAAGGCCAUCAAGCAAAACAGAGCCAAAUACGACAAAAUGAUCGAGCUGAAACCUGUUAAGGACAGUAUGACCAAGCUUUCAGAUCGAGAGAUACCAGAGCUCAAGUCCAAACUCGCUGCCGUCAACACCGAGAUCGAGAAACUUCAGACCGCACUGACAGAUGGAGAGGACCCCUUGAGUAUUCUUGAAGUAGAUGUGAGCAUGGCCAAUGAGAUGAAACCGGAUAUCUGGCAAAUGGAUGGCUGCCUGAGGGAGCUGAGAGACCUGGAGAAGAAGCUAGCUGUCCAGUCACAACAGCUGUCUGGAGCAGAUGCUGGUCGGACCAUUCAGCAAGUGAACGCUGAGAGACAGGACUUGGAAAUCAAACUCGACACCGUCAACCGAACCCUGGACCACAAGCAGGGCCAGAUCAACGAGCAGAGCGAGCGGCUGCAGCUGCUGGGCGCCAGCGUCAACAGCAUCACCAGCGAGAAGCUGCGACUGAGCGGGGAACUGCAGCAACAGGAGAAACUGCAGAGCCAGCGGGCAGAGCUGGACUCAGCCAAUCAGAGCUAUGCCAGGGAGAUCACGGAUGCGAGAAACCAACUCCAACCAAUAGAACGUAAGUUGGACAAACUGACCAGAGAGAAGACCGCCCUCCAGAAGGAGAAAGAUUCAAAGGUGGAAGAGCACAAAGCCCAGCUGGACAAAACGCAUAACAAACGAGGAGAUAUCAGUGCCUACACAAGGAGUAUCAAUAGGUACAUCUCGUCAGGCAAGGAGGAGGAUCUGGAGGCAGGCCGCUCUGAGAUUGCUGCCAACGAGGACAACCUGGCGAGGAUCACCAACGAGAAGAAAGAGGUGACAACGACCAUCAACCAGUUGAACGAGGACUUGGCCAAACAGCAGGUGAGAGAGCGAGAGUUAUCGGACAACAUCCAGCUGCGCAAGAAGGCCAGCGAGAUUGCCAAGGUCCAGCAGAACCUGAGCAAAUUGGAGGAGCAGCUGGGAGGCAUCGACCAGGAACACGUCAAAGAGGAGAAGAGGACACUGAAUGCCAAGUGGCACAGUCGGAACAAAGAGAAAAACCAAGCAGAUGGGAGGCAAGCUGUGCUCAAGGAAGAAGUCAAGAAAGUGGAGAGGGAACUUGCGUCAGACAUGUACCACAACGCUGACGAUAAGUACAACGAUAUGAUGAUCCAGCUCAGGACUACAGAGAUUGCCAAUGAUGAUCUGGACAAGUACUCAAAGGCGUUGGACAAAGCAAUCAUGAAUUAUCACCAGAUGAAGAUGGCAGAGAUUAACAAGAUCAUCAGGGACCUGUGGCGAGUCACAUACAAGGGACAAGACAUUGAUUUUAUUGAGAUCCGUUCGGACGAGGACAUUGGAGGUACAACGCAGCGCAAAAACUACAACUACAGAGUUGUCAUGGUGAAGGGAGAGACAUCUCUGGACAUGAGAGGGCGCUGUAGUGCAGGUCAAAAGGUUCUGGCCUCCUUAAUCAUCCGGCUAGCCUUAGCCGAGACAUUCUGCCUGAGCUGUGGCAUACUUGCCCUGGACGAACCCACCACCAACUUGGACAAGGAGAACAUCGAGAGCCUGGCCCAGGCGUUGGUUGACAUCAUCAAGAGUCGGGAGCAGCAGCGUAACUUCCAGCUGAUCAUCAUCACCCACGACGAGGACUUUGUGGAGCUGCUGGGCCACUCAGACUACACGGACUACUUCUACCGUAUCACCAAGAAUGAUGAAUACAAGUCCACAGUCUCCCGGCGAGAGAUCGGCACACUGCAAGCCAUGGGCUAAUCAUACCCACACCACACACAAAAAAGGCGCCAAGCCAGGGGGUAAACAAAACUAUAAUUUUCUGCAUGCAAGUUUGGAAGGAAAAAAAGCCUUAUAAAUAAAGUGGAAAUUAAUUUUCUUUUUAAUUAAACGAAAACAAGAUAAGGACAAUUUGCAUCCUGAACAUAUUUUGAACUACUUUUUGUCUCCGGAAUGAGUACAUUUUUGUUAUUUUAUCUUAUAUUUAAUUGUCGUUUAAUCGUUAUUUCUUUUAGUUUGUUUACAUUUAAUUGUCAUUUUCAUUCUGUUUCUUGGAUGAGGCUGUGAUUUUUUGUUACAAUUUUUAAUAGUUAAAACACUGUUUGUGUUUAGUUUGCAUUCAGACUUUGGAGAAAUGUUGCAACCUGACACCACUUUUUUCUUCAUAUAUCAUCUCAAUGAAGGUCAGUCUUUGCAAAAAUGAUAAGACAUGAAUCUGGGACUGAGAAACAUUUCCAAUUUUGUUAGGAAAUACUUAAACCUUUGUUCAGGAAAGAGACUAUGGAAUCACUAUGUCUGUACGUAUAUAUGUAGUAUGUAUGAAUGUAGCGGUAUUUUGGUUAAAGUUUCAUACAAUUGGUCUCAUUUCAAAAGUCCGAUUGGAACCAAACUUGAAUCAUAGAUGCAACAUGGGAACUUUCAUAUGAUAAUGAUGUCAAAGGUCACAUAACAAGGUCAAAGGUCAUCUGGGGUCCAGUUGUAAACUUGGCUGAUAAUGUAAAAUUGGUCUCAUGUGAAAAGUUGAAGUCCAAUUUGAACCAAACUUUGGUCAUUGAUGCAUCAUGGCAACCUUCAUAACUGAUCAGUCACUCUUUAAAGAUAAUCGCGAAAGCAAGCGAGACGCUUUUUUAAUAUCUCAUUCCUUAUCUGAAUAUCCAUGAAAAUAUUUCAGGAAUUUAGUUUAAAAGAAAGUUACCACCAAAAAUAGAGACUUUCCAGUUAAGAAAUUUAAAAACAAAGAACAUCUAGUUGGUCAUGCAGAAGUCUAUAUCAUUGUGCCAUCCAUGCAAAUGUAUACAAGUAACGUAAGAAGCAGAUUGAAAUCUCCCAACAGCUUUAGUUUCCCUAUCCUCACUUUCCGUUUCUCGACAUUUUAGUUCAUUCCUUUGAACUUUAUAUUUUGUUUAUUAAUGAAUAAACACAACCGCUUCUAUUUAAUGAAGUGAUUUUUUGGAAAGAAAGCAUGCAACAAAGUGAUAUUGGCCAUGAGUGAAGCAUUUGGUUUUUGUUAUGUUUUAUGUUUUGUUUUGUUUGUUUUUAAUUGAACUUGUUCAUCAUUGCUUUGUUACUCUUGCCAAUUCACUGAGUACAAUUUAUUAAUAAUCAUUGUACAGAAUAAAUAUCAAGACUAAUUGAUAAUAUGCCUCUUUA